AUGGAGCGAGAGGACAUGGGUACGUUCACGACGCCGGUCGUGCAUAUCAAUGCCGAGGGGGGCUGGGGGCCAGACGCAAGUGCGUUGCCUGAGCAGUUCCUGGACGUCCCGUACGCGCCGUUCGGCAAGAGCGAUCGCAUCGGAAGGGCGGCCGACUUCACGGCCCCCGUGUACUUCCAGAACCGGAGCUUCCGUAACCGACGUGGGGAGGAUAACGCCGUCAACGCGGAGUUCCAGUACAAAUACGACAAUGAGGAGGACGAGGCGUUCCGCCUGGUCAACACCACGAAGUCCAAGCAGAACCGGUUCGGACCGCGUAACCGCUGGAACAACAACCGUGGCCGGGGCCGCGGUCACGGCGGCCGGUUCGGCGGCCGAUUCGGGGAGACUACGCGGGGACAGCCGGCGGCGAGUCAGGGGGGACAAGCCGGGAAGGACCGCACUGGAGGUCGCUUCAUCGCCGUGCCCAAGAACAAGUGGGAGCGUCAGCGCUUGGCGAGGGGUCCGUCCCCGGAGAUCCAAGCCGUAAACCCCAAAAAUGUGAUCCAGCCGGGCGCAAACGAGCUGAGCGUAUAUCUUUUAUAG